ACAGGCAUUUGGGCCCCUCCCCUCUUUCUUGUCGCACGGCAACGCAAACCGCCUCUUCACCCAACAUAGUCUUGGAAGGAGGCAGGCGGGGCCGGGAGGAGUCCGCAGCUGUUGGGAUGGGGGAACCUGUAUGAAGGAGCCGAUCCUUGCGGAGACAAGCCAGGAGUCACAGCAGGAUUAUGCCCUCCAGGGCAAGAGGAAGAGUUCAGAGACUGCCGCUAUAGCUGCUAUAGUCUUGGACCUGAUCCUAGACCCAACCUGGGAGCUUCAAAAUUGGGACUCCUUGCUGAGAAAGAUGUAUAAGGUAGACCCACCACCAGAUCCCAAGGAGGUGGCAGCCAUCGAGGCUAGAAGAAAUCAAGAAAAGGAGCAACAGAGCCUAUUCAAUGUGUGGACCAGAGGAAUGCGGGUGGAUGCUGAAGCCCUGAACAGCCAGGCGGAAGAGAAAAAGCUUCGGAAGGCAAAAAAGCAGAGCGAGGUGGCAGCUUAUGGUACCGACCAGGUGCAGUAUGAUAUGGUGGCUCAGAUGCUAGAGAAGGAACAGGCAGAACGGACACAUCGGCUGGACAAGAAAAUGCAAGAGUUUCGGAAGCAGAAGCAGCAGCUCGAGAAAAGGCGUGAACUUGACCUUUGGGAUUCAGACCCACUCUGGGGGGAGUUUCCAGCUCAUCUUGGUGACAAUGAUCCCUACUGGGGCCCAGCCAGCCUGCAGUGCUUCUCUUGGGAAGAUUUGGACAGGGCCACAUGCCUGAGAAUGCAGCAGGAGGAGUUCAUGCACAGCCUGGAGAGGCCACUGCAAGAGCAACAGCAACAGCAAGCCAGAGUUGAGGAGAACUGUGCAGAUACGCUCAGUGAACAGCUGCGCCUAGCCAUGGACUUGCGGGCCACCCAGCUGGCCAAGCUGGAGGAGUGCUGCCGCAAGGCCAUAAUGUCUGCCAAGGCCAACUCCAACAAGGCCCAGGUAGCUAAGAUGGCUAAGCAGCAGCGCCAUGAGCAUCAGCACCAAUGGAAGGCCAACUUCGUGGAGAUCCAAAACCAGAUCACAAGUGACCUACUGACUGAGAACCCCCAGGUCGCCCAAAACCCUAUGGCUCCGCACAGGGUCCUGCCCUAUUGCUGGAAGGGCAUGACUGCAGAGCAGAGAGCUGCCAUCAGGAAAGUACAGGAGGUGCAACACCAUGAAAAGGAGGCACAGCGCCAGACCGAACAAGCACUGGAUACCAAAUGGGAAAGCCAGCCUAUGUGCUUGGCCCAGGCGGCAAUGGAGCUAGAAGAGCAGGAGAGGAGCUGUGUGCUGAAUUUUGGUGGAGAGUAGGCUCCUUCGACCAGUGGCUGGCUAAGUAGCAAAAAGACCAGCAGAAUUAUCUGAAUUCAGUAAUGUACACCAAUCAACCUACAGCCCAAUAUCACUUGCAAUUCAACACCAGCAGCCGCUGAGCUCAGGAUGGUCAUCUCUCCUUCCUCCCCCAUCAAGCUCACAGAGGCUAAGAGUCAAAAGAGGAAGAUGAUGCAGACCCCCUCCACCAAUCCAUUUCCCAGUGGGAGAGCUGAGCCAGCACCCCCACCUUUGACCCUAGGUAAUAAAGUUAUUCACUAAAA